AGUCUCCAUUUUUAACAAACCAGCAAUCAUGACACCAGCGAACCAUAAGCGGAGAUUCUCCUCUAGAAAUGAAGAAAGCUCAUCAAAUAAGAAACGCAAGACGGGGAAAUCGCUCCAAUCGACGCUUCGCAAAGCCCCGCGGAAAGUUGUGCCUUUGGACAAGCUUGGGUGGAAGGAAGUGCCCAUGCCAGAUCAUUUAGAUGAUGCUGAAGGGUUCUAUGGUCUUGAGGAAAUUGAUGAUGUCGAUGUCGUCAGAGAUGAUUCUGGGAGAAUUUCGUUUCAGAUCAGUAGUGCACAUACUGAGGAUGAAGACAAAAAGUCCAAAGCGGGCAAUCGCGCAAGCUCCGUGGAGGAGGAUGACGAAGAAUGGGGUGGAUUCGACGACGAAGAAAUAGAAGCACUAGCAACGGACGAGAAGCUUGUUCAGGAGUCAAAAUCCAUUGUGCAAGAGCAGAAAAAAACCGAGCAAAAGAAGGUCGAAGACAAGAAGCAAAAGCAAGACAAAAAGCAAAACCAGACCAAGAAACAACAGAAGCUGCAAGGGAAGCAAGUGUCUAUCGAUGACAGUGAGCUCAGGGAGAAUGUCUUUGCAGAGCUCGAGGAUGACGCAGCGGAACUUGACGCCACUGAUGUUUCUGCCUGGCAAUCACUGCCUCUGUCUCCGGAAACUCUCCUGGCAUUGUCCAAGUUGAAGUUCUCGAAGCCUACACCUAUUCAAUCCUCUGCCAUAACUGAGAUUAUCGCUGGUCACGACGUUAUUGGAAAGGCAUCCACAGGUUCGGGAAAGACGCUGGCAUACGGUAUUCCUAUAUUGGAGGAGUAUCUUAAGACCUCCCAGAGUAAGAAAGAUAUGAAGAAAAGGGCAAAGCAGGACGAGGAAUUGCGCAAUCCCCCUAUUGCACUGGUCUUUUCUCCCACACGAGAAUUGGCGCAUCAAAUCUCGGCGCAUCUUACAGCCCUCUGCUCAAACUCUGGUCCGGACAGUCCCUCGAUUGCCACGCUCACUGGUGGUCUUUCGGUGCAGAAGCAACGUCGACAUUUAUCUAGUGCAGAUGUCGUCAUUGGAACACCAGGCCGACUCUACGAGGUUAUCAGCGGCGGACAAGGUCUGGUUGCCUGGCUCAAGAAGGUUAAAUUUAUCGUUGUCGACGAGGCCGAUAGACUACUUAGUGAAGGGCACUUCAAGGAAAUGGAACAGAUUCUCGACCUCUUGGACCGCAAGUCCGAGACUAUUGGCCCUGAGGGCGAGCAGCUUGAAGAAGAAUCGGAUGAUGGGACUGAAGUUUCCCGCCAGACCUUGGUCUUCUCAGCAACUUUCCACAAGGGACUUCAGCAGAAACUCGCCGGCAAGGGCCGUCCUAGCGGGGACUUGAUGAGCAACCGGGAGUCAAUGGAGUACCUUUUAAAGAAGCUCAAUUUCCGUGAGGAAAAGCCAAAAUUCGUCGAUGUCAACCCAAUUUCCCAAAUGGCCGAAGGUCUCAAAGAAGGACUGGUCGAAUGUGGCGCUACAGAAAAGGACCUUUACCUCUACGCUCUCCUUCUCUACUACCCCAAUACCCGCACUCUCAUCUUUACCAACUCCAUCUCCGCAGUCCGGCGUCUCACACCAUUCCUACAAAACCUCAACCUCCCUGCUCUUGCUCUACACUCACAAAUGCCACAAAAAGCUCGUCUCCGCUCUGUCGAACGCUUCUCCUCCACCGACCAUCCAGGCUCUAUCCUGAUCGCUACCGACGUUGCUGCCCGUGGUCUUGACAUCAAAGGCGUCCAGCUCGUUAUUCACUACCACCUUCCUCGCACAGCAGACAUGUAUGUGCACCGAUCUGGUCGUACUGCACGUGCCUCGACCUCUGGAUCGAGCGUUCUCCUGUGCGCCCCUGAAGAAGUCGUCGGUGUGCGGCGUCUUGUCGGCAAAGUUCACGCAGAGGCAGCUAUUGCGGCCGGGAACACAGCAACGCGGUAUUUCAUGCGUUCUCUGGACAUAGAUCGCCGCAUUGCCGCGCGUCUCAAGCCUCGAGUCUCUCUCGCCAAGGAGCUCGCCGACAGCAACCUCGCCAAGGAAAAGAAAGCGUCUGGAGAUGACUGGUUGCGAAAUGUCGCCGAAGAGCUCGGUGUCGAUUACGACAGCGAUACUUUCCAGGACACAUCGUCGGGUAAAGGCUCUCGGAAAGGCCGUGGAAGCGGUCGUGAGAAACGAAUGAACGAGGCUAGUGCAAAGACAAAGGCCGAAUUACAGGCCCUCCGCGCGGAACUCAAAAGUCAACUUUCCCAAAGGGUGAAUAUUGGCGUCAGUGAGCGAUAUCUGACAGAUGGAAGAAUCGAUGUUAAUGAGUUGUUGAAGGCGGAGAAGACAGGGGAGUUUCUGGGAAAGGUGGAUGAUUUAGGUUUUGAGGAUUAGUCAAGAUGCAUUUGAAUAUCGGCGAUUGCUUUUUCCUCGAAAAUUUUCUGUUUUGAAUUUGUUUAAAAGUAUAACAGUCAUAGAAUCCUGGAGUACUGGAUGUGAUACAGGGACGUAUAAAAGCAGAUUUCUUCGUUUCAUUUCUGUCAUUUAAUAAACGUGGAUACCUGAAAAUUGCAAACAACCUGCCAAAAUC